GGCCACCUAUUUUGAAAAUUCAAAUCAUGACAAACGCAUUGAUGCUCCUUUUCUAUGCAGACCAGAGCAAGCACACACAAAGGGUUUCUUGCAGCAUGGGUUCUGUUUUGGUAUAGUUGAAUUUGAGGAAUUGAGUUCCAUGCACAGUAUCGUUGAGAUGCAAGCUAGCAAGAUGAGGUGAAAUGUAAUAGGGAUACAAAGAAAAUGGCAGAAAUUGUGGUUUCGUUUGCUUUGGAGCAAGUGGUCCAACUCUUGCAUGAAGAGGCAACUCUAAUUGGAGGAGUGCAUAAAGAAUUUGUAGAGAUAAAAAAUGAACUACAAAUCAUUCAAAACUUCCUUAAAGAUGCAGAUAGAAGGGCUUCUGAUGAGGAAAAUUUGGAGAAUGGAAUCAAAAUUUGGGUGAAAAAGUUGAGAGAAUUAUCUUUCCGCAUAGAAGACGUCAUUGCUGAGUACAACAUUUAUGUUGCACAUGAAACCAAUCAUCCUCAUCGAUGCAUAGCUUUGCUCCAAAAGAUUUUUCACUCUGUGAAAACUCUAAUGCCUCUUCGUCAACUAGCAUAUGAGAUUCAAGACAUUAAAUCAUCAGUUCAUAAUAUCAAAGAAGGAAGUAAAAGCUAUAACUUUCAGUCUGAAGAUGGAUCUAGCAGCGCUGGAAGGAACCAAAGUGGAAAAUGGCAUGAUCCUCGAUUAGUUUCUCUUUUCAUAGAAGAAUCUGAAGUUGUGGGAUUCGAGAAACCAACUGAACAAUUGGUUGGUUGGUUAAUGAAUGGAGCAACAGCUCGCACUGUAAUUUCAGUGGUAGGUAUGGGAGGACUUGGAAAGACCACUCUUGCUAAGAAAGUUUUUGACAGCCAGCAAGUGAAAGGACACUUCGAUUGUUGUGCUUUCAUCAUUGUUUCUCAAUCAUAUGCCAUAGAAUCCUUGUUGAAAAGCUUGUUGAACAAGUUCUGUGAAGAGACUAAGGAGCUUCUUCCUCAAGAUAUAAAGACGAUGGACAAGAUGUCACUCAUUACUGCAGCAAGGCAUUACUUGCAAAACAAGAGGUAUGUAAUCUUCUUUGAUGAUGUGUGGAAAUUAGAUUUUUGGGAUGAGAUCCAACUUGCCACACUCAAUAACAACAAGGGCAGUAGGAUAGUGAUCACAACUAGAAACUUGGAUGUUGCCAACUACUGCAAGAAAGAUUCCCAUGUUCAAGUGCAUAAGUUGCAACCCUUGUCUCCAAACAAAGCAUGGGAACUAUUUUGCAAGAAGGCAUUUCAAACUGAUUUUAGUGGAAAUUGUCCUUUGGAGCUCAAAGAUAUGUCUAAUGAAAUUGUUAAAAAAUGUGAGGGGCUACCACUUGCAAUUGUAGCCAUUGGAGGUCUUAUGUCAACCAAAGACAAAACUGUAUUUGAAUGGAGCAAAAUCUGCCAAAACCUUAGUGUUGAACUUGAGAGAAAUCCACAUUUAACUAGUUUGACUAGAAUUUUGUGCCUCAGUUAUGAUGACUUGCCUUACUAUUUGAAAUCAUGUAUCUUGUAUUUUGGGAUAUAUCCAGAGGACUAUUCCAUUAGGUGCACGAGGUUAGUUAGGCAAUGGAUAGCUGAAGGGUUUGUUAUAAACCAAGAGGUAAAACCUUUGGAGGAAGUUGCACGAGAGUACUUGUUAGAGUUGAUCCACAGAAGCUUGGUCCAAGUCUCAAAAGUUGACUAUGAUGGGAAAGCUCUAAGCUGUAGAAUCCAUGAUUUGCUACGUGAAAUUAUCAUUAGAAAAAUGAAGGACUUAAGUUUUUGCCGUGUUGUUUAUGAAGGUGAUCAACAAAGCUUUGAUGCAACAGCUCGACGCUUGGCCGUUGCAACUACUUCCAAUGAUGCCUUAAGAAGCAUUACACAACAUACUUCCAUCCGGUCCAUGUUCAUGUUUGAAGCAAGUGAACUGCCAGAUCACUUUAUGAAGAGUUUCUUUUCAAAAUCUAAGCUUGUCAAAGUAUUGGAUUUUGAAGGCACUUCAUUGAAUUAUGUUCCCUAUGACUUGGGGAGUAUUUUUCACUUGAGGUACUUGAGCUUAAGGAAAACUAAUGUUAAGGACAUUCCAAAAUCUAUUGGUAAACUGCACAACCUAGAAACCUUGGAUCUAAAGGAAACACUAGUGCGUGACUUGCCAAGUGAGAUAAACAAGCUUACAAAGUUACGCCAUCUUUUAGUUUACCACAGAGAUACCAGUUAUAGUAUUAAUGGUGAAACUGGAGUGAGGCUGAAGGAAAAUAUUGGAAACUUGACAUUUCUUCAAAAGCUUUAUCAUGUAGAGGCAGACCAUGGUGGAUUCAACCUAAUAACAGAGCUAAGAAAGUUGAGGCAGUUAAGGAAAUUGGGCUUAAAGAAUGUGAAGAUGGAAUAUGGGAACAUUUUGUGUGACUCAAUCCAAGAAAUGAAUUGCCUUGAAACUCUUUAUAUUUGUUCAAUAACUGAAGAUGAGACCAUUGAUUUGCAAUUUAUCUCAUCUCUCCCUCAACUCCGACGACUUCACUUGUUUGGUCGCUUAGAGAAGUUUCCUAAUUGCAUUCCAAGACUUGAGUAUCUUGUUAGGUUGUCCAUUCGCUUUUCCAAGUUGAAGGAUGAUCCACUGAAGUCACUUAAAGAUCUGCCGAAUUUGAUGCGUCUCUCGAUUUCAGGCGAAGCAUAUGUUGGUGAAAAGUUGCAUUUUGAAGUGGGAUUUCAGAAAUUGAAGAGACUUUUUCUUAUGAAUCUGAGUAAACUGAGUUUCAUUGUUCUAGACAAUGGAACUUUGCCAGCUCUUGAAAGAGUUAAUAUGAUGGGCUUGCCCCAACUGAAGGAGUUGCCCCCUGGCUUCCACUUGCUUCAAAACCUUGAAAAUAUGUAUUUAACUGAUAUGUCAAAUGAAUUCAACAAAAGCAUUGAUCCGAAUGAUGGACCCAUGUACUGGGUCAUCCAGCACGUUCAAAUGGUAUCAAUUAGAGAGAAGGUUGGUCCAAACUACAGGUAUCGCACUAUUUGCCAUCCAAAAGAGGUCUAAAUAGAAUUCAAAAUACCUUGGAGCCACCCCUUCUCAAAAAUAAAGGGUUCUCAGGGCGGGUGGAAGUUUCAAAUUCAACAUUCGGUUCACAACAAGGGAUUUAUGGUUUCUUUGUUCUUCGACAUUUUAAUGCCCAAAAAAGUAGAGUAUCGUAAUGCAUGUGAACCCCCGUUCACUUUAUGUAAUAUUCAAUAUUUAGUGUGUUCUGUUGUAGAAGUUUCUCUUCACGGUUUGUUUGUGUUUCUUAUUUUAUUUUUCCAUGGAGUGCAAAUAUAGUACAAUUUUUUUUAUUAUGUUUAACUUGAGAGGACAUUGUAGAAAUUACUUAAUAAAUAAAUUACCUCUGCUUUUGU